AGCCAACACAAUUGACCAAAACCUAUUAUUUAAUUUUCUUUUAUUUUUUAAAGAGCUAAAACGAAAAACUAAAUUAAAACCCUACCCCUUCUCAUCUACGUUCGACUUCUCCUGCCGUCGCCGCUCCCUUUCAUGGGCUCCUUGCCGCCGCUCCCUCCACUUGGCGCUCCCUUAAAAAAUCCCAGAAAACCCCAAAUCGGUAGAAGACCUCUUCAUCGGAUUUCAGUGCUGCUCCUCUCCUGCUUAAUCUCGUCGUCAUGGGUGUCCACAGUAGAGACGCAGGCCGCACCCACGCGGUAGAACAAGAGACCAGAAAAUCGAGAAAAGCUCGAACGAUGCGACGGGAGAUAGGGAAUAGGAGUGCAUGUGCAGAGGAGAAUGGACUUCUUAACGGCAUCUACAUAGAGAGAAUCAAAGAAGGAGACAUGAAGAAUGAAGAUUCAGCCAAAUCCCUACUUCCUCUUUUGAUUCUGGACCCUCAAUCACACCAAGAAUAUUUGCAAGCUGGAUUUCCGAUGUUGGGGAUUCAGGCAUUCCAGGUGGAUGAAGGUCAGUUUUCCGGUCACCAAGUCCAAUCUCCGGCAUUGCUCCGCCACCAACCGCCGCCAUCAAACCAUCCGCCUUAUUAACCCACUAAAUCCCGGUCAUUUUA